AGAGAUAGAGAGGAUAUCGUGCGCGUCGCAGCCACGCAAACCUUUGACACGGUCUCAAACCAUUCAACUUUCUUGAUCAAUCAUUCCCGUCGCCAAAUUCUCUCUAGACUCUUCUGAUUUUCGUCUUCCGUCAUCCGUCACGGCGGUCGAAAGUCGAAACCCUAAUCCCUAAAUGCAAUUCCGAUCCCUAAAUCCGUCUGCUACCUCGAUCUCCUCAUUGGGGGCGUUUACUCUCUGAUCUUUGAUGUCUCGCUUCGUGCCAGGACUUUAGAGUUCUCGUCCUUCGUCUCGCCAUGGACGGCUCUGCGGUUGAGGAUCUCGGAGCACCGGAGUCAUGGGAGGUCGCCGAUUUGGACGAGGCUAUGAGCCGAUUGAUGCUCCCUUCUUCGUCUCCUUUGAAGAAUUCCAAAUCAUUGGACCACUCCGUUGCCGAUGCUGCUCUUGGUUCUCAUUCUUCUUCCGCUUCGUUUCCGUCCCCUUCCGCGUCGACAUCUUCUACUCCCGAUAGGGCUUCCGAAGAUGUUAUCAAUCAGGUUGAUCAGUUCCUUCGCGAGGCUUUGCAUAACCCUAGGGAGCGCCUAUCAAUUUUGCGCAUGGAGCAAGAUGUUGAGAAAUUUAUCUGUGAUCCUGCUCGACAACAACUAGAGUUUCAGCAGUUGCCUACGUCAUAUUUACGGUUAGCUGCCCAUCGGGUAGCCCAACAUUAUUCAUUGCAGUCCAUGGUUCUACUGGACAACAGUUUACCUGAUGGGUCUGGUUCCAAAAUUAUUGUUCGCAAGACUUCUGAAUGCCGUCUUCCAGCUAUCCGACUUGCAGAUAUUCCUGUAAAUCUACCCACAGAAGAAAAUAAUACCAUGAAGGUUGCUAUCAAACAGAGGCCACAGAAACGGUCCCAAGUAGCCAGAGAUGCAAGUUCAAGUUCAUCAAAAUCAGGGGGUUCUAAAAGUGUGGAAGAAAGGAAGGAGGAGUAUAAUAAAGCUCGUGCUCGAAUAUUUAACUCCGGCAGCAAUUCAGGUAGUAAUGCUGGUGGGAAAGUAGAUGCUGAUCCUAGACUGCAGGAUAGUUUUCGUGGUUCCUUGGGUGCUGCAAAGGUUGAGGAGAAGAUGAUUUCUGGAGUUCCUGAUACAAAUUUUAGUAGGGGUUUGAUUGACUGUUCUACGAGUAGCAGUAGAAUAAGUAGAAGUAGGACUGACAAGGAGCUGCCUAGUAGGCAGCACAAACCAAAUAGUAGAGUAGCCAUUUUUAGAGAUCGUGAGAUUGACAGCAAGGACCCCGAUUAUGACAGGAACUACGAUAGGUAUAUGCAGAGAUUUGACCCUGGGUUCGGCUUCAGUGGUGGGCCGUACACUGUGCAGCCCAUGUACGCUCCUGCAGUAAACUACAACACUGAAUUUCCCCAACUUGGCUCUGCUCCUAGACAGGCUGUUUCGGAAUGUCAGCCUAGACCACUCCCUCCACAUGUACCUGGGCCAUGGAAUGCCCAAUCAUCUCCUGCAGGAUUGGGGUACGGUCAUCGAGAAGCAAUGAUUAGACCUUUUAAUCCAAAUGUUGAUGCACAUUCGUCUUCUGGCGUGUACCUGCAUUCCUCUCAGUAUCCUUGUCAGCAGUCUGGAAUGCAUUUUAUCCAUCCGCACGAACAAGCUCAUCAACCCUUUUCACAGCAAUACCAACAGCAACCAGAUGCAAGUUUUGGAUUAGCGCGGCCCCGGUAAGGGGCAUGGGCCAUGCCUGCUCCCUGCCAUCUGGUAGCUAAGAUUUAUCAUGGGCUUUUCGGUGUACAUUUUUUACUUGAAAUGGCAGGGGGCAGGCAUGAAGACUGAGGUGGGUAUAGAAGAAGCAUCUAUAUUUUCUGAGACUUAAUAUGCUUCUUUCCACCAUCAGUUUCAUUGGAGCUUCUUGCAUCGAUUAUGGUUGAUGAAGAAGCUCAUUGCUUUGGAAUUUGCGUUAGUAGGCCGAGCUGUUUAGGUUGCUCUUGCUACUGAUAAUGACGAAAAGUUAAAUCGAAGAAUCAGCAACUCGCUGGGAAUUUACCUGCAAGAUCUUGGACGAAGCGCAUGGGAGGAUAUGGUUCUUCAUCAUUGCAAGACUAAAACUCAGAGCUGUGCUGGUACGAACGUUAACGCUUCAGCCAAAUGAAAUGCCAAUGACACGACCAGGAUCAGAAAAUCAUCGAAUAUAUGGAUCUAGAGAGAUCCGUAGCCUGCCCAGCUCGAGUACUAAUUGGAGACCUCGUAAUCUCGUCAACAUCGAUUCCACAGUUUUUCCCUACACACUCUGUCUAAAUCCUGUAAGUGCACCAAUUAGUUUCAGUUUCAUUUCCAUGGCAUUCCCUUAAAAUUAACAACACACGUACGCCACGCCCUACAAAUAUCCUUUCUUGUUGCAAGGGCAACGAUGGAUGCGUGGGAAAUGAAAACUGUGUUUCGGCUACUUGAGGGGUCGAGUGGCGUUUUCACAUUAGAUGGGCAGGUAUGAAAUCUUUAGAAAUGUGACAUUCCUUAUAUGAAGAGCAUGAAGCUCAUACUUUGAAUGUGUAAAUUUGAGGGAUGCCUCAAUCACCAUACUGCAUACAACAUAACUUCAGCUUCUCGUAUGUUGAAAAAUCUGGGUACUACUUCGACACCUUUCUAUAUUCUGUUUUAAUAUAGUAUUAGUAAAUGAUUAUAUGGUGAAUGUUAAUUAUAGGUUUGAUUA